AUCACAGUCGUUUAAUUUGCCUAAAACUGUCAUCAGUGCAAGAGAUACCAAAACCGUUGAGUAGUCAGUUCUAGUUUGAAGCUAAUUAUAAACGAAAAGGAAUUGGAAUCGAAAUGUUCCUGCAAACAUUAUUCGCAUUGUUUAUCGCUGUAACUGUUAAAGCGUCCGAGUGUGAUCUAUUGUCGAAUGACGGUUUAGCAACCAGACAGAACGCAUGUGUUUUAUCACCAGAAACGAUCGAAGGUCCUUAUCACAUAGAUAGGCUGCUUGAGCGUUCAGAUGUUACAGACGGGGAACAAGGAAUACCACUAGAUCUGACUUUUCUCAUUAGGGAUGCCAAGACUUGUGAACUUCUACCAAAUAUCAUUGUUGAUAUCUGGCAAUGCAACUCAACCGGAUUUUAUUCGGGAUUCGUAAGUGCAGGUAAUGGGUAUAACAUCAGUCGCGGUAUACCAACGGAUGAAACUCGUUUUCUUCGUGGAAUCCAAACCUCAAAUGCGAAUGGAGAAGUUAAAUUCAGAACGAUCUAUCCAGGUUGGUACGUCAAUCGGGCUGUGCACAUUCACAUCAAACUGUACUACGGCAUGCAAACAACGACGGCCAAAUAUACUGGUCAACUGUAUUUCAAUGAAGAUAUAAACGAAGCUGUUUCCAAUAUUUUACCAUACAGUGCCAUAAGAACUUUUCGCACACUGAACAGUGUUGACCAAUAUUAUACCAGCGCCCAAGGAACGCUUACAACAUUGCAAGUAACUGGAAACGUUACGGCUGGAUACACUGCAACAGCUUUCGUGAUCGGCAUCGAACGUCCAGAAGCUUCGAGUUCGUCCUCUAUGAUUAACCUUCACAAAACUUGUUGGAUGAUGGCCCAGGUUUUGAUAAUAGUAAAACUGUUUCUUGAGGCAGUAUAAGAAUAUAAAAAAAAACUUUGGUUCCAGCAGACGUUCGGUCUUGUGUACACUAUGAUAAAAGGUGAUAUGAAAAAAUAUGACCACUCAAAGAAAGUAAAACGAUAGCAAUAGAGUCUUGAUUACAUUGCUGAUAAUUCGUUUGAUGAAAAUGUAUAAAUAAUUAUUGCUAGGCUUAAUUCUUAUCACAUUACUCUUUAAUAAAUAUUUUAAAGAACAAAAG